UCUCAGCUGAGUGAACUUUUGCCAUUAGCGCUUGCGGCGACCAAAACCUCUCUGUAGCCUCUCAUUUUAUCUACAAAGCCCUCGCAAAGGUACUCUCCGAAUUUCACUCAUCUCUCUUUAUCUGGGUUUUCGAUUCUGGUUUUGUUUUCUCAUUCCAAUAUGAAUCGGGAUAAGCUUAUGAAGAUGGCCGGUGCUGUACGCACUGGUGGCAAGGGUAGCAUGCGAAGAAAGAAGAAGGCAGUUCAUAAGACCACAACAACUGACGACAAAAGGCUCCAGAGCACCCUGAAGAGAAUAGGGGUGAAUGCCAUCCCUGCCAUCGAGGAAGUCAACAUUUUCAAGGAUGACAUAGUCAUCCAGUUUCUAAACCCCAAAGUUCAAGCGUCAAUUGCUGCCAACACUUGGGUUGUUAGUGGUGCUCCCCAAACAAAAAAAUUACAGGAUCUUCUCCCUGGAAUCAUCAACCAAUUAGGUCCAGAUAACUUGGACAACCUGAGAAGGCUAGCAGAGCAGUUCCAGAAGCAAGCACCAGGUGCUGGUGCAACCCAAGAGGAUGAUGAUGAUGAAGUUCCAGAGCUUGUGGCAGGGGAGACAUUUGAGGCUGCUGCUAAUGACGGUCAAACUUCCUAGAGAUUCUGAAGGAUUUCUUUUAUGUAUUUUUUUUUUCUUCUUGUUUUUGGCCUAUAUUCCCAAGUUUUAAGUUACUGUUUUAUUUACUUCUUUUUCGGCCUCCUUGUGACAUACUAGAAAUUAGUUAUUUUGGUGGUGUUACCAAAAUCCUAAGAGUUUUGCUCAGCUCCUCAUAUGUACCUGAAUUCAUUUCUGAGUGACUUGACAGUUUUUGCAUCA